ACCACAGUUAUUCUCUACGAACAAUGUAUUACAAAACUACUGGUGUGGAAAAGAAACAAUAAAUGACCACUUGUUCGGCUUCUUAAUUGGCAAUAAUAUAAAACCAUGGGCCGCGUAUCUGGUAUACCUCUUAACUACACAAUAAUACUUCCGCUUUGAACGAUGAGCAAUGGAAAGCAAACCCGGAAAAGAACCAUGAUAUCAACAGAAAGGAACAUAUUCUUUUAAUAAUCAACUGUUUUAAAGUUUUAUUUUUUUAAAAACAGGGACAUCUCAACCCAAUAUUUAAAAAUGCCUUAUCACUGGCAAAGUCAUAAUGUCAAGACAAGUGGUGUGGAUGACAUGGUCCUGCUACAGAAAAUUUCUGAAUCAGAAAUUAUGGAAAAUCUUAAGAAAAGAUUUAUGGAUGAUGUUAUUUAUACAUACAUUGGACCUGUGUUGGUGUCUGUGAACCCAUUCAAAAUGUUGAGCAUCUAUGGGGAAAAAGAAGUUGAACUGUACCAAGGGGCUGCACAGUAUGAAAAUCCUCCCCAUGUGUAUGCCUUGACAGACAACAUGUACAGAAACAUGUUGAUUGAGAUGGAGAAUCAGUGUGUCAUCAUCAGUGGGGAAAGUGGUGCAGGAAAAACUGUUGCAGCAAAGUACAUCAUGGGCUACAUUUCCAAAGUGUCUGGUGGUGGGCCACUUGUACAGCGUGUGAAAGACAUCAUUUUGGAAUCGAAUCCUUUGCUCGAAGCCUUUGGGAAUGCAAAAACUGUUCGCAAUAACAAUUCUAGUCGUUUUGGGAAGUAUGUUGAGAUUCAAUUCAGUCGUGGUGGGGAACCAGAUGGCGGAAAAAUCUCAAACUUUCUCCUGGAAAAGUCUCGAGUUGUCAGUCAGAAUGUUGAUGAGCGAAGCUUUCACAUAUUCUACCAGCUGUGCGCGGGGUCAACAGAGGAGACACAAAGAAACUUGGGAGUGACCAGUCCAGACUAUUAUUAUUACCUGAAACAGAGUGGCACCUACAAAGUGGAUGGAAUUGACGAUAGAAAAGAAUUUCAAGACACUUUACAAGCCAUGCAAGUUAUCGGCAUCACAACAGAUGAGCAAAAUGACAUCUUGAGUAUUGUUGCUGGCAUUCUCCAUCUGGGCAAUAUUUCUUUUGUGGAGUCUGGCAACUACGCUGUGAUAGCUAAUGAUGAGUUCCUUCAGUUCCCAGCCUUUUUAUUUGGCAUUGAUCAAGAGUUGCUACGAGACAAGCUGACAGGCCGUGUCAUGGACAGCAAAUGGGGUGGGAAAACGGAGAGCAUCGAGAUGAAACUCAAUGUGGAGCAGGCAGAAUUUACCAGAGAUGCCCUCGCCAAAGCUCUAUACUCCAGGCUGUUUGACUUUUUAGUUGAGGUAAAUUGUUUUGCUUAAAGAGAAUGAAGCUUUGAUAUUCAAGAUCUCAAGUUCAGAGUGUUUAGUCUAAAAAAUUUGUAUUUAUAUUUCCUCUUCUCUUGUAACACCUCUAAUCUUCGGCACUUCAUUGAACUAACUCUUAAGGCUGAACAGGAGGAGUAUGUACAAGAGGGCAUAAAAUGGACACCCAUUGAUUUCUUCAACAACAAAAUUGUGUGUGAUCUCAUCGAGUCCAAGAGCCCGCCUGGUGUUAUGUGCAUCCUGGAUGAUGUGUGUGCCACAAUGCAUGCAGUCGGAGAAGGGGCAGAUGAAAAAUUGUUAGGGAAACUUGCUGGUGCUGUGUCAACAAACAAACACUACCAAGCCUGUGCUGCUGGAUUUAUCAUUCAUCACUAUGCAGGGCAGGUGGAAUACCAAGCAGAUGGUUUUUGUGAGAGGAACAGGGAUGUACUCUUUACAGACCUUAUACUCCUCAUGCAGUCCAGCACAAACCCAUUCAUCUCAGGAUUGUUCUCAGAGAGUGUUGAUACCACAAAAAGAGGGAGACCAACCACUGCUAGCAGCAAGAUCAAGAGUCAGGCGAACACACUGGUGAACACCUUAAUGAAAUGCACUCCGCAUUACAUUCGGUGCAUCAAACCAAAUGAAACAAAGAAAGCCAAAGAUUGGGAGUCUGUGAGAGUGAAACACCAGGUAGAGUACCUUGGCUUGAAGGAAAACAUUAGAGUGCGCAGAGCAGGUUUCGCCUUCAGGAGAGAAUUUGCCAAGUUUAUCAAGAGGUAUGCUAUUCUGACUGAAGAGACCUAUCCAGCUUGGCGUGGUGACCCUCGCAGCGGGGUCUUACAUUUGCUGAAGACGGUGAACAUGGACACAGACCAGUACCAACUUGGCAAGACCAAAGUUUUCGUCAAGAAUCCAGAGUCUCUGUUUUUGUUAGAAGAAAUGAGAGAGAGAAAGUUUGAUGGCUAUGCAAGAGUCAUCCAAAAAGUCUGGAGAAAGCAUCAUGCACAGAAGCUUUAUUUCAAGCUCAGGGAAGAAGCCACAGACAUUCUCUUCAACAAGAAGGAGAGACGGCGUCACAGUCUCAAUCGGAACUUUGUGGGAGAUUAUCUUGGCUUAGAUGACAACCCUGAAUUGCGGGCCUUGGCUGGAAAGAGGGAGAGAAUUGAGUUUGCUGCCCAGGUCACCAAGUUUGACAGAAGGUUCAAGAGUGUGAAAAGGGACAUGCUGUUGACAGGAAAGAGUUUACUGCUAGUUGGUCUAGAAAUGAUAAAGAAAGGUCCCCAAAAAGGAACACGUCAACUUGUUGUGAAACGUGACAUUCCCUUGGAUCAAGUCUCCAGCAUCUAUAUGAGCACCAUGCAAGAUGACUAUUUUGUCUUGAAUGUGAACAAUGAGUAUGGCAGUUUUCUAGAGAAUGUUUUCAAGACAGAAUUCCUCACAGUUCUUUCUAAGAAGUACAAGGAAAGGACCAGACAGGAACUGUGUGUGCAGUUUUCAGACACGCUGGAGUUUCAAGUAAAGAAGGAAGGCUGGGGUGGAGGGGGAAAGAGACAGGUGCGAUUUGUGCGUGGUUCUGGCGACCAGUCACAGCUGAAACCAUCAUCCAAGGUGCUGACUGUCAGUAUUGGGCCAGGACUUCCAAAGGAUUCUAUAAAACGUCAGUCCAGUAAAGACAUUCAGGAUUCACUGAAUCAUCACCAGUCAUCUCGGCACCCCUCUGACCGGACACCGUCGCUGCCGAGAGAAUCGGAGAGCCCGGCACAUAAAAUUGCCGCGGCCUUGAAAAGGAACAACAACAACAACAACAACUUCAUGAAAACUCCGGACGCUGGCGUCGCUGGGGCCCAGCGACAGAGCCUGGCCCGCCCACUGCCUGGUGGCGGUCGACCACGGCCAGCUGCCAAGCCCAAGCCCACUCCGCGUCCCCAGCUGCCACAGUGCCGCUGUCUGUACGCCUACGAUGCUCAGGAUACUGACGAACUCAGCUUCAAUGAAGGGGACAUCAUUGACAUUAUCAAAGAAGAUGGUUCGGGCUGGUGGAAGGGACGGCUGAGGAACCGCGAGGGUCUGUUCCCCGAGAACUAUGUGGAGAAGAUUUGAGAGUACUGGGAGCUUUGUCAUCGCUUGAUUGCCAUAAUUAUUCCACAGCAUUUAUGACAAUUUUAAAAUCAGGCGCAGGCCCAGCCUGAGAUGACGAUACCUUUAUUUUUUUAUCUUUUACUUAUAAAAUCUUUGGUCUCUCACUUAUUCAUGGUAUUAUUUUGAUAAAAGGUGGUGAAUUUUCUGUUACUCUAUGAUCUGACCUGAUUAAAUUUUGUACUGGACUGGUUCUGUUUCUCUUGUGUGUUAUAAUAUUUGUGUCUUCUAAAUUCUAAAUAUUUCAAGUAAUUCCAUAUGGCAGUAGCUAUAACAAUGUUCUCUAAUUGUCAUAGGGCUGUCUUAACAACUUUUCUCUUGUUGAAAAGGGAAGUAGAGAAUUCUUUAGAAAUGAGCAUAGCUGCCUUACAUUUGUUAUCUGAGACACAUAACACCUGUUUUCUCAGAUAUUGUUGUCGGUUGCCAGUAAUAUUCUCUUUCCUUUCACGUGAUUGAUAAUUUGUGCAUCUUGAAGGGUGGCAAUAAGUUCAAGAUGACCAAGCCCUUUAAUUUGAGGACAGUAUUAUGUCCCUUAGUCUUACAAGCUCAAAGCAUGUGCAUUAUUGUUGUUGUUGUUGCUGCCUUCUGAUUAUUUCUGUAGUUCUACUCAGCUAUACAAAGGGAAUGUUGGGUGCACUAGUAGUCUUCACUUCAGUAAAGAAAUAUUUUGUCGUAUAGGGAGUCCAUGUGAUGUGAAAUUGUAUGUUGUAAUGUUGUCUUCAGUUAAAAAUUUACAACACAGCUAUAUUAUAUUGAAGUGUUGAAUUCAUAUGUUAAUCUUGAUGUGAGAAUUUAUUGUCAUGGUCAUCAUCAUCAUAUUAUUAUUAUUAUCAUUAUUAUUACAUUUUUAUCUCAUUGACAAGAGGUUUUGCUUGUACUUUGAUUCAUAUUUGAUUUGCUGUUGCACAUGAUUUCGCCUGUAUGCAAAAAGACUGCUGUCUACUUUUUGUGAUUCUGUAAUUGCCAGGGAGAGACUAGACUUGUUCGUCUUUAUCCAAAGAGCAGGUAUUUGAAACCUGUCAGGUGUAUGUCAAAUACCCAAAUAACGUGGAGUAUCAAAGACGGGCAGGAGUUCUUGAUUUCUAUGCUCAGUUCUCUACUGUGACCACUGCCUUAAAUAUGUGCACAUGGUGCUUUCUGUUCUAUGUCUCUGUUGUAGCAAAUCCAAAUUGGCUUUGCAUAUCCUGGCCUGUGGUGCCAUUCAUUAGAAGAAGGAGGUCGUGCUGGGGUUUUUAGAUCCUGUUAGUCACAGGAAGUUAUAGCAGCAUGACCACGAAAGUCUUACACUUUGUGAUGUGUGUGUGUGCCAAUUUUAGUUUGCAGUUUGGAGCAAUGUGCUUUCAGUAAUGCCUCAUAUUACUCACCGAUACAUCAUUAGGGAGUUCUUAUAAUUUGUCGUAGGGCACAAUAUUGUUAGCUCUUUUGGUAAGACUGAUGGCAGAGAUACUGGCAGCCCAUUAACUGCCUUGAGAGUGUUUAUGAAUCUAGGUUGCUUUGAGAGUCUGUUUUGUACCCACUGCUUCUUAUUGAAGAGCCACCUAAAAUUGUGUUUCAAGGGCAGGGAAAUUCAAGUCCAAUUUGUUCAGUUUAAACAGAAAAAUGGAACAAAAAGAGGAUUCCAAGUCCAAACCACUGUGAUUCUUAUUGAUCUCUGGUCAUAGAAGUUAUAGACAUAUAAUCUAUGCAGCUUGAAACACUGACGCUGAAAAGGGAUAAUUCCUCAUAUUAGUAUAUGUGAACAGAAAAGUACUUGACCUGUAGUUGUUAAUUGUCUUCCCUAAGUCUACUGUACUACAAUUCUGUAACUUUACAGACAUUUAAUAAUGAUCAUUGCAAAGGCCUUUGAGGCAAAUGAGCUUUUGGCACAGAUACAGAUAGCUGCUGAUGUACUUUCAUUAAGUUAGAAGUGAAUUGUUGUAAACACUUCCAUCUGGUUUGGAUUCCAUUAUACAUGUGUCAUUUUUCUGAACCAUUCUCCAAGGUACAGCCACAAUGUUAGUAAUGUUUUGUUGUUAUUCAAUGGUUGCCUUGUUAGUACUCUGUGAUGUUCACCUGCAGCAGAUGAGUCAGUGUCUUUCCAAUGAAACUUGACAUGACAAUUGUUUUGUGAUUACUGCAUCUUGUUACUGGUAUUUUACAAAUAUCUUCUCAUAUAAAAAUUUACAUUAAAUUAUGUAUAUUAUUUAUGUUGAAACAUA